AUCGAAGUAAAUAAAAACUACCACAAAAUGUUCAAACUCUUGGUACUUUUUGCUCUUCUUGCCGUUGCCUUUGCUGCCCCUAAAGCUGCACCACAGUACUUUUAUUCCGGACUUUACGGAGGAUACAGUGGAUUAGGAUAUGGUUACGGAUAUGCUUCUCCAUACGCUUACACUGGAUAUGGAGGCUAUUACUUUUAAAUUUUAAUGUGAACCGCAUUUUUCAAUACAUUUUUAAGUUCA